GAAACGUCGUGCGCAGUUACCUCGAUCUUGCACGGUUAGCAUCGCCUCAUGCCAACGCUUCACUCUCCAUCGCCACUGGUGUAGAAGCUGCAACGAGAUUAUGGAAAAUGUUUCGCCGGUCCCCUCACAAGACGCCGACAUUCUUGUAUCCGACCAAAACAACAUCGUAGCUGCUUUGGAAUCCAUGGAAGCGCGUGGGGACUGCUCUUCGCUCGUUGAAGAUCGCAAGACUCUGAUGAUCGCGCUCUCGAACCUCCACACGCGCCGGAACGCGCUGGCGCCCGUUUCCCGGCUUUCUGCGGAGCUUCUCUCUGAGGUCUUCCUCAUACUCACCGCCUACUCGUGCGUCUCAGCCAAUCACCCGGGGUACAUCACACCGGCCGAAGCCCGCCUCUCGAUCGAAACCGUAUGUCGGCACUGGCGAUUGGUGGCGUUCGGAUGCGCUCGACUGUGGAGCAACAUUGAUUUUGGUUUCGACCCGACAUCGCGCGUCAGAGAGUCGCUUGAGCGAUCGCACGGAACGCUCUUGACGGUGCAGGCGAAUGUGUCGAUGCACGAGUCGGUGGGGGAAAAUGUGUUGCUGGUGCUUCCGGACCACCUGUUCCGCACGCAAUGUCUCGAUCUAGGGUUGACGGGCAACUAUUAUGAGCGGCUUAGGUCCGGUUUGGUUGCUCCCGCGCCCAAGUUGGAGGUCCUGCGCCUGCAUUGCAGCAAUGACACCAUCUCUCUUGCAUCAGAUGCCUUUGCAGCACACAUUCCCUGUCUGCGCCAACUGGAACUCGUGAAUUGCAGCAUUCCCAAGUGCUCCGUGAUGUUGCGUAUGCAGCUCACGUAUCUUUCUGUGUCGGAUAUUCCGCCGGAGCUUGCGUUUUCUGUCAUGGAAUGGCUCGAGGUUCUGGCUGCAUUGCCUGAACUUCAGGUGCUGACGAUUGUCUCCGCAUUCGCCAGCACCAGUCAGAGCGUGGAGAAGCAUUUGCCCUCUAUCCAUUUGCCAGAUCUCAUCGCAAUCUCUCUCGGGGGGCAUAUGUGGAACUGCACGGAGUUAUUAGUACAGCUCACCUUCCCUCCCACUCCGUGCAUUGAGAUCGACUGCGUCUCUCUUGCGAUGGAGCAGCCGAUGGAGCUGACAUGUCUCUCGAUCUUGCUCGAGACCCUCGGCAAACUCUUGAAGGCCCUUCCGGCUGGUGAGAGGCUGCGUGCUCUGGGCGUUCGAUGGCUCUCUAAUACCGAGCUCGUGCUGCAGGGAUCGAGCGAUGCGGAAGCUAACUUGUCGCCGGACACCGACAGCUCGCCGGAGUUCCAGCUGUCGUUCGUGCCGAGGUCGUACGUGUUUCCGCUGCUUUCCGCGGUGCUUUCGGCUUUUCCGACGUCCGGUAUCUCAAAGCUGGACAUCUCUCCUCCACCGUGCGAGUGUGAUUUGCCAAGCCCAGCGCACCUCCUGCACAUGGACGAUUGGCCUCGACUUUUUCGGUUCUUCCCCGCAGUGACCCAUUUGUAUCGAAUACGAUACGAUUUGGUGCUGUGUCUGCUCAAUUUGAUAGAGGAGGACCCGACAAUUUUCCCUGCCCUCUCUACAUUGGGCCUGGUCAACACUUCAUUCGAGACUCCCGGCGUCUUCGACACUCUCAUUCGCAUGCUACGCAGCCGUCAGCGGCCAAUCACCAAAAUCUCGUUGACGUUUUGCACGAAUGUGGCGGCAAGAUUGUCUGCUUUGAGAAAGACAGGCGUUGCAAUCGAAUGGGAUGGCAAGGCUCGCUUUGAGAGGCACAGUGACGAGGAGACUAGGUUGAGACGGAUCCGGUUUGGGUAUGCGAUUUGGGUGUGA